CCCUGAUCCCUCCUGGCCUGACUGCUGGGCACUGUCACUGCAGAGCUGCACCCAAGAGAUGGUCGAGGAGCUGGUGGAUGGUUUCCAGUUCACCCUCUCCCUGGAGAGAACACAAGUGCACCAGUCCAUCCAUGACCAGGGCUGCUCUGAGUGUGAGGAUGAGUUCACUGUGAAUUUAAAUGAGGCCUGCAGGAUGCGUGCCCUCCAGGCAGGCAUGAUGGAGAAGCUGACAGAGUCCAUGGCACCAGCUUUCCUGAGUAGGAACACGUCCAGCUUCACCACCUUCAUGGUCAACUACUCGGCCUUAGACACAUUCUACCGGGUUCUGGACCAGCUGUUUACUAGGUGA